AUGGUGCUCGCGGCCGUGGGGCAGCUCUGCGCAACAGCAAGCAUAACUUCUAACCUCGCCCAAUGUCAGACUCUAGUCCGGAAAGCUGCUUCAGCUGGAGCCAAGGUGCUGUUUCUACCCGAGGCAUCGGACUAUAUUGCUUCAUCGGCAGCAGAGUCAUUGGCCCUUUCCAGGGCAAAGGAACAAGAAGAAUUUGUUGCUGCCCUCCAGAGAGCAGCCCAGCUUGAGAAAAUCCACAUCAAUGUGGGGGUUCAUCAGAGGGCUGCAGAGGAGAGACUCAAGAACUGCUUAAUAUGGAUCGAUGAUAAGGGUGUGAUCACUCAGAACUACCAGAAGAUUCACCUCUUUGAUGUGGACAUCAAAGGUGGACCUCCUGGGAGUGAGAUUGUCCCUCCAUUCGAUACACCCGUAGGCCGGGUUGGCUUAGCAAUAUGCUUCGAUCUGCGGUUCCCGGAGAUCGGAUUGGCAUUGAAGCGCCAAAAGGCUGACUCCCAACCGGGAAGGCCCACUGGGAGUCUCUACUUUAGAGCCCGAGCCAUUGAGACCCAGGCUUAUGUUAUCGCCGCAGCUCAGGGAGGUGCUCAUAACGAGAAAAGACGAAGCUACGGCCAUUCGAUGAUCGUCGACCCUUGGGGUGAGGUCGUAGCUGAGCUGGGGGAGGAGUAUGAUGAGCCACAGAUUGCGACUGCAGAAAUUAACCUGGAUCUUGUCUCAAAGAUCAGACGAGAGAUGCCCUUGUUGAGAAGGACUGACCUCUACCCAGAGGUAUAG